AUGUUUCCUCGUAAACGGGGACCGAGAGACCACCAGGUCUAUUAUAAUGGAGUACCUCCAGUAUCGUCACGGUCAGAUUUCCACAAACAAACACAACAUACCAACGUGAACACCUAUAAUGGGCCAGGUAUUCUACCAGUGUAUCAAUGGAACCCGAAACCAAUCCCCAUUUACCCAGCAAGUCCUCAAGUCACCAACAGUCGAAAGAGACAAUACAGCCAUGGCAGUCCAGCAGUCCACCAUGUGAAACGGCAGCGUGUUGAAUCCUUUCAUACAGAUGAUUUUAAUCCUUCGUUUGAGUCUCCCCCACUUCCUCAAACACACUUGCCUGUAAUCGCUAAGGUCUCUCAUGAUACUACUUCAAAUAAACCCAGGAUACCAUCUCAUCGGCUUCUUGCUGAGUCUCCUGAAACCCCCAUUUCUCUGCGGGUCGAUGCAAAUGACAAGAUGAGCGCUCAGAUGGUUGAGCUUUUUGAGGCCUGUCAACAACAAACGUCUGAUUUGUUGAAAAAAGAGGGGUAUAGAGCACGACUACAGAAAGAUAUACAAAGGUUGUACCCAGACGGAAGGCUCUACUUGACUGGCUCCACCAUGAGUGGUUUGGGUUGUCGUAGCAGUGAUGCAGAUCUCUGUUUGGUCAUUAAGUUGAAGCAAACCAACGUGAAAGUCAUUGAUGUGCUCUUUGCAGUUUUGAGGUUACUUAGAAAUCUUGACUAUGUGGACAGAGUACUGCUAAUCCGAGCAAAAGUGCCUAUUCUUCGGUUCAAAGAGCGAGGCAGCAACCUUGAGUUUGAUCUUAAUGUCAACAACACUGUGGGAAUCAGGAACACAUUCCUUCUGAGGAGUUACACCAAUGCUGACAUCAGGAUUCGACCGUUUAUGCUUGUUGUCAAGAAAUGGGCCCGACAUUAUGAAAUCAACGAUGCCAGCAAAGGGACGUUGAGCAGCUACGCUCUCGCUCUUAUGGCUUUGAACUACCUUCAACUUGUGAAACCUCCGGUUCUUCCAUCACUGCAAAAGGAUCAUCCAACAUAUUUUGAUUCUUGCCUUGACCUUGACAUGGUCCCUGACGGCUCCCAACGUGUCCCAUGCUACAGAUCCAAAAACAAAUCUUCUUUAGGAGAGCUCUUCCUGGGAUUUCUUGAGUACUAUGCCUUGACAUUCAGAUGGGACAGCCAGAUCAUCUCAGUGCGAGAGGGUAGAACUUUACCAAAAACAUCAGGUUGGAUGGGAAAAUUCAUAAAUGUUGAAGAACCCUUUGAAGGGCAUAAUGUUGCUCGAGCUGUUUAUGAGGCAUCCAAGUUUGAAAUCAUCAAAAAAAAGAUUGUUGAGUCGUACCACAUUCUAAAAGGGAAGAAAGACCUCACCUCACUGCUUCCACUCCGAGCCAUUAUUAACAGAGAGCAGAUUGGAAGACGAUGA